AUGCCCGGCGUGGGGGAAGAGGACGGCGCGCAGCAGCCGGGGGCGGGCGAGCUGCCCACGCUCACCCCCGCCGGGGGACCCCCUCGGGAGGAGCAGCGACCUCUGAAGCAGUCUCUGAGCAGUUCCCUUUGCCGGGAGUCCCACUGGAAAUGCUUGGUCCUUACCCUGUUGAUGUACGGCUGCUUUGGCGUCAUGGCCUGGUGCCGCCUCUCGACGGUGACCCGCAUGAACUAUGACGGCGCUUACCAGGGCGCCUCCAUGAUCUACCAUGACAGCCCUUGUUCCAACGGCUACAUCUACAUCCCCCUGGCUUUCUUGGGGAUGCUGUACGUGGUCUACCUGGUGGAGUGCUGGCACCGGUUCGCCAAAGGCCAGAUGCAGUACCGCGUGGACACGGCCAGUGUGUACGAGAAGGUGCAACGCAUGCAGCAGGCCACGCCGUGCAUCUGGUGGAAGGCCAUUAGCUACCACUACAUCCGCCGCACUCGGCAGGUGACCCGCUACCGCAAUGGGGAUGCCUACACCACCACCCAGGUCUACCAUGAGCGGGUCAACACUCAUGUGGCAGAGACAGAAUUUGACUACUCAGGCCAUGGGGUGAAGGACGUAUCCAAGGAGCUGCUGGGGCUCUCUGAUUACCCCGUCACCAAGCUGCGGUUCACCAAGUGUUUCAGCUUUGCCACCGGGGAGGCAGAGGCAGCUUAUCUAACCCAACGGGCCCGCUUCUUCGGUGAGAACGAGGGCUUAGAUGAUUACAUGGAGGCCCGCGAAGGGAUGCAUCUUAAGAACGUGGACUUCAAGGAGCACAUGCUGGUCUUCCCGGACCCGGGGCGUCCCCCGUGGUACACUCGUCGCUGGGUCUUCUGGCUGGCCUCUUUUCUUCUGCUGUCCUGGCCGCUGCGAGUGCUGUCUGAAUACCGCACGGCCAACGUGCAUUAUCAUGUGGAGAAACUCUUUGGGGCAGACGACGGGCCCAGCCCACUGGAUGCUGCGGGGGGUUACGGGCGUCGUAUCUCACGUGUCAACACCGUGGACAUGACCGAGCUAGAGUGGCACAUCCGUUCCAACCAGCAGCUGGUGCCCAGCUACUCAGAGGCCGUGCUCAUGGACUCCACCGUGGUUGCCGGCGCGGCCUACCUGCGCAGCUGCCAACGGUGCCGCCGGACUGUCAGUAGCAACUCCCUGCCCUCGCGGGGCACUCGAGCUCUCUAUGCCCGCCUCCCUUUUAGCUGCAGCCGCUUCUCGCUGAGUGGGGCACGGCGGUGUGGGGGGGUCCUCCGCAGCCUUAGUGGGAGCCACGUGGGCAGUAGCAUCGAGACAGAGCCGCUGGAGAGCCCCCCCUGCUACCAAGAUGCUUUGUACUUCCCUGUGCUGAUUGUGCAUGGCGGGGAGGGCUGUCACCGCAACGGACAUAGGCCAGGCCCCACAGGGAGGUCGUCGGGGACCCCACUGUGAUCUUAGAGAAGAGAGCAGUUGAGGUGGAGCCUCCUUCGAUCCCCGGGGUUGAGACCAAACAUGGGAAGGAAGAAACAGACAAGCCCCUCAGUCCCUUCCCCUUCCCCUCAGGCAACCCGUAAACCAGGCAAUAGGUACUUUUGGCGGGCCAGACCCCUUUUCCUGACAUUCUGCUCCGAGAAUAAUGAACGACUUUCCUUUUUUCUUUUUUGCAAAGAAAGCUGACGUUAGCUUGUUUUGCACAGUUCAUUGCAGUUCCUGGGUUUAUGAAAAAGUGUGUUUUUCACCGAGCUGUCAGAGAUUGGAAAGAGGGUGUCUGGAUGGAAGGAGGGCAAUUUAUGGGGCCACUGAGGGAAGCCAUAGAUCCUGGCCACUCGGAGGCCUCUCUCUGCCAACAGAAGCCAUCUUUCUGAGACUUUGGCCAGGCACAGCCUAUGAGGGUUAGAUGGUUAAAUACCGUGCCAGAGACUGGCAUUUGUGUGAGCCUUAUAGGUAUGGAAGUCCUGUCCCUCUUUGGCCCUUCGAUUCAGGCAGGGGAAUUCACUCAUGAUGUGUGAGCGGGACAAAAUUUACAACAUUUCUAAUGGAUCUGUGCUUUGUGACAGAAAAAAAAAGAUUAAAAGUUCUCUGGUCCCCAAGCCACUCUAGAAUUCUGCCUGCUGUAAAAAUUGUCUUUCCUUGAUCAUGGCUUCACGGAGUAUAAAUCCAUCGAUGGUGACUAGCUAUUGUGGUCGCUAAAUGGAACCUCUGUGUUUAGGGGCAGUAUACCUGUGAAUGCCAGGUGGUGGGGGCAAAGAACAGAAGUGGUUCGUUGUUUUCAUGUUUUUCUUGUGGACUUCCCAGAAGCAUUUGGCUGAUGCCUGUCGGAGACAGGAUACAGUGACCCUUUUGUCUGACACAGCGGGGCUCACAGGAGCCCAGUAGAACCUGCAUACCCACAGGCAGGAUAUCUCUGAACAUCAGGUGCGAAUUCAGACAAUAGGAUGGGUUGUCUUUAGUUCCAUGGCCUGCUUUUAAGCCGGCCGCUGAAGAGAAAAGGAUGUUGGACUAGUUGACUAGAUCCUGGACUAGCGUGGAAGUGUUUUCAUUCCUGUCUUUCAAACUCAGGCCAGGAUUUCCAACUAGGGCAGGGAACAUCCCUUGCUUUGAACGACUUAUCCAUUUAAUGUGGGAUCGGUGGACCAUGCACCAGCGUUGGGGUGGGGAAGGAACCCUCUAGGGCAGAAUUUAGAAAUACCUUGCAGAUUUUAGCAAGGCCAGGCCUGUGGCCUGCUUCGUCUGCAAUUCAGGGCUAUUGCUAGAGCUGGGUAGAGGACCAAGCUGAAAAUAAUAGGGUUUUAAAGGGCUCAGCAUGGGAAGGGGUUUCCGUAGCUGGGGAAUUUUAGGACUUGUGGAUCUGUCAAUGGGUGGUGGUGGUGUUAAGAAUGAGGGAAUGUCUUUGGGAGUUCUUCACACCCUCCGCAAACUACAGUUCCCAGCAUUCUUUGGGGAUGGACAAAGCUGCCGUUGUUGGGCAGCCUUCACUGUUGCUGUGCUAUAGCGAUUAUCUGCCUCUGGAUUUUCCUUUGUGGCCAAGACAGCCCAGGAGGUGAAGGACUGCCGUAGCACAACAACAGCUCAAUAUCCAACGUUGUGUGGAUUCACCCUUAAAGUGGUUUAAAACUGUUUUUGAAUGUAGAUGUUUCUCUGAGUCUGGGAAGAUUAAGAAUGUUCAUUAAUUUACCUGCCCUUUCACCAAAAAGAGUGUUCCAGUCGGAAGGUGGGUGGGACUUAAUUAAUUAUUCCAAUUUUGGGGUGGGGCUUAGGUCCUGGAU